CGAGGUCAUCGUUCAGAUCGCAGGAAUUACCCAGUCUGAUUAGCUAUAAUCCCUGAAAAAGUAUGUUUAAGUGAAAGAAAACAUGAUCCAGUAAAAAUAAGUUAGUUUUAAUAUAAGUAGGUUCAAUAAAAUAUGUCAUGUUAACAUAUGUCCUCUGGAUAGUUGAUUUACAAUCGAGAUGUAGUUAAACAUAACAUCCAGCACCAGCCUGUUAAAGAUGCAGAUUCUUGAAGAUCCCACUUUACUAUUCCGUAAAAGAAAAGGGACAACGAACAAAGGAAGCGACUAUGAAAACCUAAUAAUAGCUGAAUUAAUAUUAUCUUUCAUAAAUGAUGACAAGGUGAAAGACUUUAAAGUAUGGUCGAACGAUGACAACUUUGGACUCUUCGACGAUAUCGUUAUAGAAAUCGAAUUCGUUAACGGUAAAAUAGAUAAAUAUGCCAUGCAAGUCAAGUAUUCGAAUGAUGCACGGAUUUUGACGAAAAAUAGUUUAACAGAACAGAAAGGAAACUUUAGCAUAGAGAAAUAUCACGCAGAUUUCAAAAAAUCAAAAAUCUCCGAUUAUAAAAUACUUCUUUAUACUAAUCGAAAAUUUGACAUUUCUGAAGGAUUGGAGAUCGACAGGAACAUUAAAACUAGUAAUUUUAAUUUAAUCAUACAACAAGUGGAAAAUAGUACACUAAAUUCGGGACGUUGUUUUAAGCUGGCUUCUGAACCACCAGAUGCGUUUUUUGACAACUUUUUCUUACUGACAAAUCAGACAGACGUUGAUGGUAUUAGGAAAAAUAUUGAGGACUAUUUUCACCAAAAAUUUAACUGCCAUGACUACUCGUUUAAAAAAUUCAUCGAUUUUGUUACAGAGUGGAGUAAUUUAGAGGGCAAAAUGGUGAAAUUAUGUAAACGUUUGGUACAAACGAAAAUAACUCUGAUUUUAUUAUCAGAAUUGUACCACCCACUCAUCAUCAACGGGAGCAACAUAACCCCUCACAUGAACCUACUAAGAAACAUUAUCAUGAACUGCCACACUAUUUCGUUUGUUAAAUGUACAGAAAAUGUCUUAGUCACACUUUGGAGUGAUUUAGAAUCUGAAUCGGCCAAGCCUCUACUAACAAAAUUGUCACGGUUGUACCAUAUCUCCAUAGAUAAUAAUAUCUCUAUAUUGUUAUGGCUCAUGGGCAACUGUCCACUCAUUGUCACACAAAAUCCUGUUCUAGUCAAAGCAAUAAAUUUGUGCCCUGACUUAAAUUUCGUAAUACUGGAUGACUCCGAAGGAACAAAAGUGUCAAAUCUCGAUGCUAGAUUAUUAGCCGAUGUUGUAACAACCUUCAGAUGUUCCCUACAAGGAAAAUGCGAUAUCAGCUUGGAGAAUGUGUUCAGGGAGGCUAAACUUAUUGAACAUAUUGCAACCGAUGAUCUUAUCAAAAUGGUAGACUCUGUUUGGCACAUAGAGGAACUAGAAAUUUUGCCUUUUCCAUACAUUAGUAGAUCUUUGUCUAGACAUCUUUUUGACUCGGAAGUUCUAGAUGGAAUAAAUUUUGGUUUAUCAGGUGAAGCUUUCGUCAUCAUUACCAGCUACAAGAGAUGUACGUGGAUGAAAUACCAGACCAUGAACAGUGACAGCUUUUACGAGGUUGAAGAAGAAAACUGGGAAUUUUGCAAUGGGAAAGUCAUCUUUGUCACUGACAAGGAAUAUACCAAAGAACAGUUUGACGAAAUCUGUAACCUAAAUAAAGGUAAACGCGAAUAUCACCACUUUAGAUUAAAUGGGCAAUAUCUGGAGUGGAUAAGAAGCAAAGGUGGCAUUAGAAAAUACAAGAAAUUUCUUCGAACGGGUUAUGUGUCAGAAUUAGAUUUAAUGCACUGCCAAGAUGACAACAAAAUUGAUAUUGUAUGUGCCGGACCUGGAAUGGGUAAAACCACACUAAUGAAAAGUAUCAAAAAUAACACUUCACCUACAUGUUGGACAAUUCUAGUCGACACACGAAACCACUGCGGUUAUUUUACGAACAAAACGAUCUUCAUUGAACGCAUUCUGUCUGAAAUGGAUACUUCAGUAAGAAAAAUUGUCGAGAUUUUAUUAAAACAGAAACGGGUUCAGUAUAUAUGGGACGGCUUGGAUGAAGUUUCCUCCCAAAAUUUAUCAAAUAUUUUGGACUUAAUUGAAGAACUGUCUCAGACAAGCGCGAAACAAUGGAUAACAUCACGUAACAACGUAGAACAACUUCUUGAAACACGGUUCAACGUUUUGUCAAGAAGACUAAUCAGAUUUAACCAUGACGAUCAAAAAAGAUACAUCGAACAACGUCUUCAGUGUUCGGAAGUCGAUUUAGGUGGUAUUUUCCAGAAAAUCAAAACGAACAUCCACCUACUGCCAACUAACGACAUUCUGGGGACUCCCUUACUGAUUUAUCUUUUGACAGAAUUGUUUCAUAAAGAUCGAGCGAUUUAUAAAACCAAGACCGAAAAAAUUUUCUCAGUUGUCGACCUCUAUGAACAUUUCGUCGACGAAAAAUUCAACAUUUACUGCAUGGAAAAAGAAAAUAUUGUUUGCGGGAAUGACCUUGUCACUGAGAGAAACGCAGCUUUCAAACGACAACAAAUUGAGCUUUACGAAAGAGUGGCUGUCAAAAAUUUUGCUUUUGUUGGCAUUAAUACUGUUUUUCUUAAUGGAGAUCGGAUUGGAAUUAUGGAGGUUAAAGAGAAUAAUCGAGUCGAGUUUAUUCAUAGGUCAUUCGCUGAGUACUUUGCAGCUUGCUUUUUGGUGAAAAAUCGUGACGCAGUUGUAACAUUGCCUGACUUUCUUUGUAACGACAAGUACAAUAAUGUGAGAUUUUUCUUUGAUUUGCUGUUGGCUAAAAAUUGUCCAGCACAUGUGGCUGUGCUUUACAAAAAUGUAGACCUACUCUUAAAAUGUACCAAGGACGAAGUUGCUCGUAAAGAUCAAGCAGGAAGAAACGUACUUCAUGUGCUAUGUACUUGGGGUGAAAAAUUUGAAAGUAUUAAUGUUCAGAAGACGCCAAAUGGAUAUCAAAUUGAUGAGUACUCGUUCGCAGCGACUGAUAUUCCGUGGUGCGAUCAAGCCCUAAAUACUGUUUGUGAAGUUUGUGAUUCUACAACUCCAGACAACUUGUAUAAAUUUACCGCGCUCGAUUAUGCAUACGAAUCUCGCCGUUUAGGUUUAUAUAUCAAAUUAUUGCGACAUGAAGUACAGUUUGAAGACUACGACGACGUGGAAAGAAUAUGUUGUGUUAUAUGUCACUGUGUGAUUAUGGAUUUUGUUAAAGUGUUUUUUAUUAUCAAAAACAUUCCCCACAUCAGUAUCUCCUCUUGCGGAAGUUUGGGAAAUCUAGCUGCAGAUAAUAACUCCUUGAACUGUCUCAAAUAUUUAGCAGACAAGUGCUAUGACGACAUCCCUGAAUGGACAUUAAUACUGUGUGCGUUAGGAUAUUGCGACAGCGUCAAAUAUUUUAUCAACAACUAUUCACAUAUCAACGUUGCAAAUGUUGUGUUGAUAGCGAUUGAAACCCAACAAGUGGAUAUUCUUCGGUUUUUAAUAAACGAGAAAAAUGUCGAUGUUGAUUUAUAUGACGAUUUCUGGUACGGAGGGACCUUAUUAUAUAUCUCAUCAAAACUCGGCUUGACAAAAAGUGUUCAGUGUUUAAUUGAUAAUAAAGCUGACGUAAACGCUAGAAACAGUAUAGGGAGGACACCCCUACAUGUUGCCAUAACGCCUGAGAUCGUCACACUAUUGCUUGACAAUAACGCCGAUGUUAAUUUAACCGACAAUUUUAACAACACACCACUUCACAUAGCUGUGAGUAGAAGAGAUGACGUCGCCAGUUCACUAUUAAGAUGUCAAAGCAAUUUGCAAGAGAUGCGUGGACGCAGCCCUACUUACAGUCCUUGUCCAAUUAACAGUAUUGAGAUUGUCAUGAUAUUAAUACAAAAUGGAGCCAAUGUCAAUCAUGUAAAUGAUAAUGGAAACUUACCCAUUCACUCGGCGUGUCGUAGUAGAAAUAAUUCCAUUUUUGGCUUCUUGAUCGCCAAAGGAGCUGAUAUAAAUGCAGCUAAUAACCUCGGAGAAAAACCAAUACACUUGAGCUGCGAAGAAGGAUGUCUUGAUAUGGUACACUUGUUGGUGAGACAAGGGUCUAAUAUAAACUCGGUUACCACGUAUGACGAAACCCCAUUGGAUAUGUCGAAGUCGGAUCAAAUUAUUCAGUUCCUAAAAAGUAAUGGUGCCAUUUCAAAUAAAAAUUGUAAAUAGUGUUAAAUUGCAUAUGCUGUAAAUAAAAUAGUGUUGGAAUAAG